AUGAAUCACACAGUGAUCACCGAGUUUAUCCUCCUAGGCCUUUCUGAUGAGCCUAACAUUCAGGCUGUGAUUUUCCUCUUUUUAUUAUUUGCAUAUAUAUUAAGUGUCAUUGGAAACCUGACUAUUAUCACUCUCACCUUGGUGGACUCCCAUCUACAAACACCCAUGUAUUUCUUCCUCCGGAACUUCUCCUUCUUAGAAAUCUCAUUUACCACUGUAUGUAUCCCUAGGUUUCUAGGUGCUAUUAUCACCCGGGAUAAGUCAAUUUCCUAUAACAACUGUGCAGCCCAACUCUUUUUCUUUAUCUUCAUGGGGGUAACUGAGUUUUACAUUCUAACCGCCAUGUCCUAUGACCGCUAUGUUGCCAUCUGCAAACCCCUUCACUACACAACCAUCAUGAGCAAGAAACUCUGCACGCUGCUUGUGCUAUGCGCCUGGCUGGGUGGCUUUCUGACAGUUUUCCCACCCCUCAUGCUUUUGCUCCAGUUGGAUUACUGUGCUUCCAAUAUCAUUGACCAUUUUGCAUGUGACUAUUUUCCCCUCUUACAACUAUCUUGCUCAGACACAUGGCUCCUGGAAGUCAUUGGUUUUUACUUUGCUCUGGUUACUCUGCUCUUCACUCUGGCACUAGUCAUUUUAUCUUACAUGUACAUUGUCAGGACAAUUUUAAGAAUUCCAUCUACCAGUCAAAGAAAAAAAGCUUUCUCCACCUGUUCCUCUCACAUGAUUGUCAUUUCCAUGUCUUAUGGAAGCUGCAUAUUCAUGUAUGUUAAUCCCUCUGCCAAAGAAAAGGCAUCAAUCACCAAAGGAGUAGCUAUUCUUAACACCUCUGUUGUCCCCAUGCUGAACCCUUUCAUUUACACCCUAAGAAACCAGCAAGUAAAACAAGCAUUCAGAGAUGUAGUGCACAAAGUAGUAUUUUUUGUAAGUAAAUGA